CGCUUGCGCCUCUAACGCUUCCCACCAAGUUGCUCUGGCGAGCCAACCACAACAGCCGCCAAUGACAUCCUCGUCAACUUGCUACGCUUCUGGCAGGUUAGAGUCUCCCAGGGCUGAAUCCUUCUCGACCCCCCGAUAUUUCCGCGUCUAGAUCAUGGAAGGCUUAUCACACUGCAUGCAUCCCUAGGGGCGCUUGUUUGGGUGUCAAGACUGGGUCAAAGAGCAGAUGAAAGCCCUGGUCAUGUCUCCCCGCCCACCCAAGAUCCAGUGAGAUGCAUGUCUCACUGUGUAUCAUCCUAUAUAGACGCAAUGUCCUCGUUUCUCGCUGUUUGUUCGUGUUGUUUCUGCGUUUUUUGACAUUGCAACGUUUUUAUAAUCCCUGUCGGUUCCGGCCUCUCGGUAACAGCGUCUCCGCCUAGGCCUGUUGGACGUUGGCUGCUUGUCUGUUGGCUGAUAGACACAGUCACUUGCCACUCAACGAGGGAAUUUGGCAGCUCAUCUCUUGUGCACUCCGGCACAACAGCCUUCUUGGUCUACCUAUCAACUACAACUACAGUUACAGCUACAUCUAGCAUCAUGGCAUCUUCUCAAGCUCCGCCCAAGAAGCCCCGGCUUUCACUUCAGAUCAAGACAGCAUGUAGUCCGGCCACCAGAUCAUCGAGAAGUUACGCAGUGGACCCCAAAGAUCCAACUGCCUUUAACACGUUGUCCAAUGUCUACGUUACCACAAUCGAAAGGGCAGCCCCAUCUCAGCAUGAGCCCAUUACUGCCAUCAAUACUUUACAAGCUUUUAGCUUGACAACUCCAGUGGAACGACAGGACCCGAAACACAGAGUUGUUACGCCUUAUUUCGCUUCAUAUCCUGAGACUCCUUCAUCCGAUACAGCUCCUUCACCACAUCCAGGACUGGAAAUCAACUACCCGAGCACAAUGACGGCCACGCCUCCUAUGUCUGCAGGUCCAAUGGAUUCAAAUACUCCCAAGGCCUUUAGCUUUUCCCCUGCUGAUAUAUCCGCGGCCCCAGCAAGGGAUGAUAGCUUACAACCCGAGAAGCGCGCUCUUGCUCGCCCACAAACUCUUGCUGAGUUGACCCUACAGGCCCCUUACACGCAUCCUCGAUCACUUCACAGUAUUUUACGCAACUCGCCUCUUCCUCCACCCACAGCCAUUCCUCCUCCGUCUCCACGGCGACAGUCACGGCGGCUCCAAGACAGAGCAAAUCGAAGAGUGUGCUAUAAUAACCCCCUCACUCAGGAGAUUGUGACAAACAAGUACACGAAAUCUCACAUUGACCUCCUUGUUGAAGAGGCUUCACCACACUCCCCUCCAUGUGUGCCCCCUCAGCCUCAGAGUGCCAUCGAUCUAGCCUUGGCAUUCACACCAAACGAGAUCCAAGAUGGAGGGCAGACACCUGGGCCCUUUGAGGAUAUGCGUCGCCGCAUGACAGGACUGGCCGCAUCAGGUGCUCCGCUUUCCCCGUCAGGGCCCAAGGGAAUCUCAAAGCGCAAGAAGAGGGAGAAGAAGCGUCGGUGGGUAUGGACAAUUGGCCAUGAGGAUGAUGAUGAUGACGAGAACAUUGGGGGAUCCAUUGCUGCCCUAAGGGCUGAGGCUGCCAAAGCCAAAGACGUUGAAGAGAUCAAGACACCUGUGACGGCCAUCAAGGCACCCCUUAUCACCUUUCUCACGGCACCGACACCAAAACCGGAUAAAUUUCAGGGCUUGAGCGGCAUCUUGAAAGAGGAUAACGACGUUGAAAUGUCUGACACGAGCAGUUGUCUUUCAGUGUCAGAAGGAUCUCAACAUAUGGCUGGCGAGAUGGACUUGGAUCUCAAGACUCCAAUCGCGCGCCAAGAUGAGGAGAGCCAAGUAAUACUCAUGCUACCAGAACAUACUCUCAGUAGACUUGGUUCCAAUCCUGGUCUAAAGAGGGAUUCUCCGGUGCCGCCAGAUAUGCUACGUACAGAUUGAAUAGGUUACAAGAAAGACACGAAUGUUUGAUUAUUGGGUUUUUUGCAUUACCGGCGGUCUUGGGGCAUUUGAUUAAACGGAGUUCUGUCAAUGUAAUUAUAAGGAGGAUUUGGUAAUGACGAGAUACCGAGUUCGAAAGUGGGCAUUUAUGAGAAAUGAAUACAUUAAACGAACAUGAAAUUAUCACUUAGCUCAGUUCUGUAUCUCGUGCUUUUCCAUUGCCAUGUACAGAGUAGCCCUAACACAAUAUCGUUGGUCCCUGU